CCGAACCGUGCCACGGCCACCGCAAUUUUCCGAACAUAUCCAACUUUAUAAAUUUACCUCCUCCCACUGCGAUGACCCACGCGGCCGCCAUUUUCCGAUCAGUCGUCGGUUUUCCAAUCUCUAAAUCUCAGAAAACCUCGAGGAGAGCAAUCGUUAAAUCUGAAAUGGAGCUGCACCUCACGAAGCCCGACGACUGGCAUCUCCAUCUUCGCGACGGCGAUCUGCUCGAAUCCGUCGUCCAUCAUUCGGCAAGUCAUUUUGGUAGGGCGAUCGUUAUGCCGAAUCUAAAGCCUCCGAUCACCACGACUGCGGCGGCGGUGGCUUACAGGGAGUCGAUUCUGAAUGUUCUGCCUCGUGAUUGUGGUUUUGAUCCGAUGAUGACCCUUUAUUUGACGGAUGAUACCUCACCUGAGGAGAUUAAGCUAGCUCGGAGUAGUGGAGUGGUCUAUGCUGUGAAGUUGUAUCCUGCUGGAGCUACUACCAAUUCACAAGAAGGAGUAACAGAUAUCUUUGGAAAAUGCUUUCCUGUUCUUGAGGAGAUGAGAAAAAAAAAAAUGCCACAUAGGCUGCUGGUUCAUGGAGAAGUUACAGAUCCAAACAUCGACAUAUUUGAUCGCGAAAAAGUUUUUAUCGAGACGAUUUUAGAAGCACUGGUUCGAAAGCUUCCACAACUUAAAGUUGUUAUGGAACACAUCACCACUAUGGAUGCUGUUAAGUUUAUUAUGUCAAGUAGAGAAGAUUAUGUCGCCGCAACCGUUACGCCGCAACAUCUCGUGCUAAAUAGAAACGCAUUGUUUCGAGGUGGUUUGCAGCCCCACAACUACUGUCUUCCUGUUUUGAAAAGAGAAGUACACAGGCAAGCCAUUGUGUCAGCUGUAACAAGUGGAAGCAAACGGUUUUUUGUUGGGACUGAUAGCGCUCCCCAUGCGAGGAAUCUUAAAGAAAGCACAUGUGGAUGUGCAGGCAUUUAUAAUGCUUCUGUUGCAUUAUCUCUCUAUACUAAAGUAUUUGAAGAGGCUGGUGCACUAGACAAACUGGAAGCAUUUAUGAGCUUCAAUGGACCAGAUUUUUAUGGCUUGCCUAGAAAUUCUGCAAAAAUUAUAUUGCAGAAGAGCCCUUGGAGAGUGCCUGAAUCAUAUGUGUUUAAAUGGGGAGAAAUAGUUCCCAUGUGUGCCGGCCAAACCCUAGAGUGGCUCCCAUCUGUUUGUUAAUUGCAAUAUUAUUAUUUAUAUAUAUAUAUAUACAUUUUCUUUUGCAGAUUUCAUCCAUAUUUUGGUAGUGUGGGAAGCCUAGUCAGUUUAGUAGAGCUAUAAAUAAAAUGAAUUGAGGCUUAGCUAUAUU